AUGGCACAAUCUCAGAUUCCCGAGGGCGUCUUCUCGCUCCUGGAUACUGACCUGUACAAGCUGACAAUGCAGUGCGCGGUGUUGAAAUAUUUCCCCUCGGUCGAUGUCGAAUACAAGUUCACGAAUCGGACGCCGCACAUGCGCUUGAACAAGGAGGCUUUCACCUGGUUGCAAGAGCAGACUGCCAAACUGGCCAACAUUACACUGGCACAAGACGAAUUAGAAUACUUGAGAAGACACUGCCCAUACUUCAGCUCCGAAUACUUGAGCUAUCUACAAUCUUUCCAGCUGCGGCCUGCAGAUCAGGUCACCAUGAAGUUCAUCCCGGUCGACGAGACGUUCGGUGAUUUAGACAUCACCAUAACCGGUCUCUGGGUGGAAACCAUGUCUUACGAGAUCCCACUCCUUGCCCUGACGAGCGAGGCAUACUUCAAGUUCGUCGAUAUAGAUUGGGAUUACGAAGGACAGGAAGAGAAUGCUUAUCAGAAGGCACAGCGGCUGUUUGAAGCAGGCUGUGUGGUUUCUGAGUUCGGUACCCGAAGAAGACGGUCGUUUCAUACUCAAGACCUUGUUGUCAAGGGCUUGGUGACAGCAUCAACGGAACAGAGCCUGCCUGGAAAACUGGCUGGGACGAGCAAUGUCUACUUCUCCAUGAAGCACAGCAUUCCUCCAGUCGGAACCGUGGCCCAUGAGUGGUACAUGGGAAUUGCUGCACUCACCAAUGACUAUGAGCAUGCCAACGAGCUCGGACUUCGCUACUGGCUGGACUGUUUCGGUAGAGGGGUGUUGAGCAUUGCUCUGACCGACACAUUCGGGACCCCCGAUUUCUUCAGGGCAUUCAAAUGUGCCGUGGCGUCUAGAGCAUCAGCUUCAGAUGAUGGAACCGCGGAUGAUUCUGAGGAGGCGAGCCAGUCACACCGCCCAGCCUCGUACGCUGAAGUUUUUGCAGGCAUCAGGCAAGAUUCUGGAGAUCCGAAGGAAUACCUCAAGCUUGCCAGCGACUUCUACAAGUCUUUAGGUUUGGGAGGAAAGAUUAUUGUGUUCUCAGACGCACUCGACGUCAACAAAUGCCUCGAAUACAAGGAAUUGGCCGAGUCAUACGGGUUCAAGCCCUCUUUCGGAGUGGGGACCCAUUUCACGAACGACUUCAAGCGCCGAUCCGACAGACAGACCAAAUCGCAGCCGCUCAAUAUCGUCAUCAAAUUGUCCAAAGCAGGGGGGAGACCAGCAAUCAAGAUCUCGGAUAACAUUGGCAAAAACACCGGUGAUUCUGAUACUGUUCGGGAUGUCAAACGACGGCUGGGUUACACAGAAAAGCAAUGGACUGAGGGCGAUGAAGUGAGAAGAUGGUGA